AACAGAUUUCACAAAUUUAUUUUUUCUUGUUCUAAUAAUUAUAAUUAUAAUAUUAAAAAAUAAAGAUAAGAAUGGAAUAAUACUAUGAUAUGUGAUAUGUUUGAUGAGGAUAAAGGAUAAGGAAUAAAACUAUGAAAAGAAAUUUAACUUUUUUUUUUUCAAACUUAUGUCUUCUUCGUUUUCAUUUUGUUAUCUCUUUAGUUUAUACCAAACUUACUAUUGCAAAACAAUUUUGAUUCUAAACUAGCUACUUUUUUAUACCGGUUUUUACAAUUCUAAACAUAUAUACUAAAUGAUAAGAAUCUACGUUUAAAUCCAGUACUGAUGAUGAACAUGUGUGUCUGUCAGCACGGACGGAGAAUUUGUCGGCCUAGUUAUCGUUUACUGAGGCAUUUCACAGCAUCAUUUUCCAGUUACCGAGAAAAGGGUCUGCGUAAAAUUUUCAAUGGGGCUGAGAUUUCAAACCCCGGAACCCUUUUAAUACCCAAUAAUUUGAGCUUAACGCCGAGGUCUACGGAUGAUGCACUCCACAGACUCAAUGCGGAGAUAACGAUCUUGGGUCGCCAGGGCAAGCUCGAAGACGCGAAGAAGUUGUUCGACGAAAUGCACCAACGAGAUGAUGUUUCGUACAAUUCGAUGAUUACUGUUUAUUUGAAGAACAAGGACCUACUUGGAGCCGAAACAGUGUUCAGAGCAAUGCCACAAAAAAACGUUGUUGCAGAAUCCGCAAUGAUUGAUGGGUAUGCUAAAGUUGGUCGCUUGGAUGAAGCUCGUAUGGUGUUCGAUAGUAUGAGUCAUAGGAAUGCCUUUUCUUGGACUAGUUUGAUUUCUGGGUAUUUUAGUUAUGGAAGAAUUGACGAGGCUUUGCACUUGUUUGAUCAAAUGCCUGAGAGAAACGUUGUGUCCUGGACUGCGGUGGUUUCAGGUUUUGCUCGCAAUGGGUUGAUGGAUCAUGCUCGAAAGUAUUUUGAUCUCAUGCCUGAAAAGAAUAUCAUAGCUUGGACAGCGAUGGUCAAGGCAUAUCUUGACAAUGACUGCUUUGAUGAGGCUUAUAAGCUCUUCCUUGAAAUGCCUGAAAGGAAUGUUCGUUCUUGGAACAUCAUGAUCUCAGGUUGUUUGAGGGUCAAUAGAGUGAAUGAGGCUAUAAGUUUGUUUGAAUCAAUGCCGGAUAGGAAUCAUGUUUCGUGGACGGCUAUGGUUUCGGGUUUGGCACAAAACAAGAUGAUUGGGAUUGCUAGGAAGUAUUUUGAUCUCAUGCCUCAUAAAGAUAUGGCUGCAUGGACUGCAAUGAUCAGUGCAUGUGUUGAUGAGGGUCACAUGGACGAAGCUCGCUUGAUUUUCAACCUGGUGCCGGAGAAGAAAGUUGGCUGUUGGAACACAAUGAUCGGUGGCUACGCAAGGAAUGGUGAUGUAGCAGAAGCCUUAUGUCUGUUUGUUUUGAUGUUAAGAUCUUGCGUUAGACCCAAUGAAACCACUAUGACUAGCGUAUUAACUUCCUGUGAUGGCAUGGUGGAACUCAUACAAGCUCAUGCAAUGGUCAUACGGCUCGGGUUUGAGCCCAACACAUGGCUUACAAAUGCACUUAUUACGUUGUACUCCAAAAGUGGAGAUCUUUGUUCAGCUAGGCUUGUUUUUGAGCUACUAAAGUCAAAAGAUGUAGUGUCAUGGACUGCCAUGAUAGUAUCUUAUUCAAAUCAUGGACAUGGUCACCAUGCCUUGCAGGUAUUCGCAAGCAUGCUAGUAUCAGGAAUUAAGCCAGAUGAGGUCACCUUUGUGGGACUCUUGUCAGCUUGUAGCCAUGCUGGUCUUGUUAACCAAGGUAGAAGACUGUUUGACUCAAUCAAGGGUACUUAUAAUUUAAAUCCUAAGGCGGAGCACUAUUCCUGCCUUGUAGACAUUCUAAGUAGAGCAGGACUUAUGGAUGAAGCAAUGGAUGUAGUGUCCACUAUUCCUCCUUCCGAGAGAGAUGAAGCUGUUCUUAUGGCUUUGCUUGGUGCGUGUAGGCUACAUGGGGAUGUUGUAAUGGCAAAUUCCGUUGGUGAGAAACUAUUAGAGCUAGAGCCAUCUAGUUCAGGGGGGUAUGUACUACUAGCCCAUACAUAUGCUGCAGAGGGUCAAUGGGAUGAAUUUGCACAAGUUAGGAAAAGAAUGAAAGAGAGAUAUCUAAAGAAAAAUCCAGGAUAUAGUCAAAUACAGAUAAAAGGGAAAAAUCAUGUAUUUGUUGUUGGGGAAAGAUCUCAUCCCCAGAUUGAGGAAAUUUACAGAUUGUUACAACAGAAUCUUCAACCUUUGAUGACGGAAAUGGGUUCUACACUAGAGAACAUGUUGCUAGUAGAUUAGUUCUCAAGCAAUUAAGUACUAACCCAAGUUACAUCUAACAUAAAAAAUGUACACUUUAUAGUGUUAUUAUGAACGCCACUGAUUAGUUCUUUUAAACUUGGUGAGCUAUUUAGCAUGAUAUAAAUGAUUGAGUGUUGGAAACUUUAUGAGAACCGCAAAAUUUGUGAGAAUACAAAGUUGACACACAACAGUUAAGUUAAGGUGUUUUAUGUUAUUGCAUAGGAACAUAACUAUAUAGUGAACUGAAAAGGUAAAAAGUGAAAUUGUUGCUAACCGUUCAGUUCCAAAGUCCAAAUCAAAUUCAAAUGAGCUAAUGAUUUGCCCUUCUGUUCUAAUCAUGGGAUUUCUAAAAGCUGUGAA